AUGCGGAGCCCUCGGCCACGGAGCCCCGAACCAGACGACGAGGCGAGGAACCCUGGAAACAACCUCUACGUGACCGGCCUGUCCAUGCGGACGACAGAGGUGGAGCUGGAGAAGCAUUUCUCCAAGGAAGGAAAGGUGGCGGAGUGCAGGCUCGUCCUAGAUCCGCGCACCAAGGAGUCGCGCGGCUUCGCGUUCGUCACCAUGGAGAACAUCGACGACGCGCGCCGCUGCCUCAAGUACCUCGACCGCUCCAUCCUUGAGGGCCGCGUCAUCACCGUCGCGCUCGCAAAGAGAAAGCGCGCUCGAACCCCAACUCCUGGCAAGUUCCUGGGCACUCGUAGCCUGAAGGAGACUGUCGUGGCCGGUGGUGACCGCGGUUAUGGUGGUGACAGGGAGUUCAAUCCCCGCCGAUCAUCACCAGACUAUCAGCCUUACCGCCGAGACAGAUCACCCGAUUACGGCCCAUAUCGUGGAGCAGCUGCUGUCUCCCACGUGGCUGCGAUAUCCAAUGACGCGCAAGACGAAGAGAGGCUCAUAGGAUGGAAGGGGGAAAGCUUCAACUCAACCAGAGAGGAAGACCCUUCUCAGCGGCAGUGGAUAGAGCUCAUCUCGUGGGAGCCUAGGGCCUUUCUCUUCCACAAUUUCCUGACCGCGAAGGAGUGCCUGUAUCUUAUCCACAAAGCAGCACCCAACAUGGUCAAGUCAACUGUAGUGGACAGCGACUCAGGCGGCUCCUACAGCAGCAAGAUCCGGACGAGCUCAGGGUCGUUUCUAUCGCGGGGAUCAGACGAGGUGGUGACGUCUAUCGAGAAGAGAAUAUCCGAUUUCUCCCACCUGCCCGUGGACCAUGGGGAGGCUAUACAUGUGUUGCACUACGAGCCAUCCCAGGAGUACCAGGCUCACUUUGACUAUUUCCACGAUGACAUUAAUACUCGCAAUGGGGGGCAGCGGCUCGCUACUGUGCUCAUGUACCUAUCGGACGUGGAGGAAGGGGGAGAGACGGUGUUCCCAGCAGCAGAGCUCACCCCAGACAACAUCCACUCGCCGAUACCGCCAGACUCAGAACUUUCCCAGUGCGCCAAGGGAAUGCUGGCAGUGAAGCCCAAGAGGGGGGAUGCACUGCUGUUCUGGAACCUCAAGCCCGACACAACGCUUGAUCCAAAGAGCUUGCACGUGGAUGUUAGCCCUGCAGGUACUGCACUGGCUGUGAAGCUACUGCACUCGAUACGGAAUGCAUUCACUCGUUGCUACUGCACUGGCUGUGAAGCCCAAGAGGGGGGGCGCACUGAUGUUCUGGAACCUCAAGCCCAGUACAGUCAAACCAAAGAGCCUGCAUCCUGGAUGCCCAGUUAUUCGUGGAAACAAAUGGAGCGCCACCAAGUGGAUUCGUGUACAACCUCGGCAUGGACAAUAUUGAUUUAUUCAUCGCGCCAGCACCCAACGACCCCUCGGGCUGGCAUGGCGGGCGUUGGCGGCGCGUUCGGCGGGAGCCGGUCGCUGCAGCCGGUUCCCCCAGAGAAGGGCGUGUUCCCAUUGGACCAUUUCGGGGAGUGCAAAGAGGUGAUGCGCGAGUACAUGGACUGUUUGAAGCAGCACGGCAACCAAUCAGACAAGUGCCGAGACAUUGCCAAGAAGUACCUGCAGUGUCGCAUGGACAGGAACCUCAUGGCGCCUCAGAACCUGUCAGAGCUGGGAUUUGAUUCAACUCCAGCCACAGGAGAAGCAUCGACAGCAGGAAGAGCAACUGCAGGUCAACAGUCUACUGAAUCUCCGGCAGCUGCAGGUGCUGUUGAGGAUGGUUCCAGUAACACCACCAAUAGACGAGAGGCUCGAGGAUUUAUUGCUGGAAUUAAUCCUCGAUAG